AUGUUCAACAGAGAUCAGUUGCUCAGUGCAAGAGUCUACUUUGACAAUGUGAAGUAUGAGGAUGCCCUGAAGAUCUUGCAGUGUGCGGAGCCUUAUAAAGUCUCCUUUUUCCUGAAGAGGACCAUCGCCGGCGCUGAUGUCACCAUGCACCCUGGCGCCACCAGCUUGGAACUGAAAGGACCCAAAACCAAGAUGCAGAAAAUGAGUGUCAAGAGCGUCAAACCUUUCAAAGCAAAGAAAAAGAGGGGAGGACGUUUCGGAUUGAAAAGGCUGAAGGAGAACAAGAAAGGGAGCACUGGAGCAGAGUUGGAGAUGGAGGGAUCACCUUCCAAGGUGGAGCUCAACCCUGUUGACGUGGAGUUUGCCUUCCCCAAAUUCAAGCUGAGGAAAGAUGGGAAGGCAGAGGGAACUGAGCAGCAUGGAGGAGUGGUCACCACUGGCAGGAAGAAGAGGAUGAUAAGGUGUCCCAGGAUGAAAGCAAAGGGUGCUGAGGCGGCUACAGGAGAAGUUGACAUGACGCAACCAGAGGGACAGGCAGAUGUCUCCCUGCCAGACGUGCGUGGAGCUAAAAUCAAAGUCAAAGGAAAGGGCCACAGGUUCGGAAUUCAUUUCCCUAAAACAAAAAAGACAAUAUCGGACAUUGCCUUGUCUGGAGGGUCCCUGGAGCUGAAACCUCCUGAUGUCAAAUUCACACCACCCUCAGUGGAAUACAGUUUGCCAUCUGGAAACAAGGAUGUUGACCUACAGAAAGCAGAAGUGAAAGUAAAGGAGGGGUCAAAGUUUAUACAUCGAAAGGUAGAGCUUUCAUUAGGACUCCCCUCAGCCCGUCACUCUGAUGAAAUUGAUCAUGAGAUAAAAGCAAAAGGUUUAGCUGAAGGAGUUGAAGGGUCAACAGGCCUGUCUGGCAUUAAAAUGCCAGCUAUUGACAUCUCUGCACCCAACAUCGAUCUGCAGCUGGACACCCGGCGUAGAGUGCCAGACGAGAUAGAGGGACCCUUUUUUAAAGGGCCAAAUAUAUCCAUGCCCAAAAUUGACAUCUCAUUACCAAAGAUUGGAUCAUCUAAUAUGGAUAUUGAAUGUCCAGAAAAGGGUGGGAAAAUUAGCCUACCCACUGUUGACAUUUCACUGCCAAAGAUGACACCAGGAGAAGCCAAUGUUGAUGUGGAAGGACACAUUGGAAAAGGAGGCAAGUUCAAAACGCCAACUUUCGAUGUUUCUCUUCCAAAAUUCAAGUCUUCAGAGGAGGAAAUGAAUAUAGAGGGGCCUGAAGUCAAAGGGGAGUUCAACAUGCCAAAAGUUGACCUUUUAUGCCCAAAAGGUAAAGCACAGGGAGCGAUGGACAUUGAAGGAUACUUAGGAAAAGGAGGUAAAUUUCAGAUGCCCACAUUUGACAUUUCUCUACCAAAAAUGAAGUCAUCAGAGAGAGAAAUUAAUGUAGAAGGACCUGAAGUGAAGGGUGGCAAAAUUCAAAUGCCCUCUAUUGACAUAUCUCCCCCUAAAGGAAAAGCAGAGGGGAAUAUUAACAUUGAGGAACAUUCUGGAAAAGGAGGCAAGUUCAAAAUGCCCUCAUGUGACAUUUCUCUUCCUAAAAUGAAGGGUGAUGUCAGUUUAGAGGGACCUGAAUUGAAAGGAGGAAAGUUUGAAAUGCCCACACUUGAUAUUUCCCUUGCCAAAGAAAAAGCAGAGGGUGAAGUCAAUAUUGAUGCAAAUGUAGGAAAAGAAGGAACGUUCAAAAUGCCCACAUUUGAUAUCUCUCUUCCAAAAAUGAGGUCGUCAGGAACAGAAGUUGAUGUAGAAGGGCCUGAUGUAAAAGGAAGAAAGUUCCACAUGCCACAAGUAGACAUUUCCCUACCCAAAGGAAAAAGUGAAAUUGACAUUGAGGGAAAUUCUGGAAAAAGAGGGACGUUUCAAAUGUCCUCAUUUGAUGUCUCGCUUCCAAAAAUAAAGUUACCAGAGGGUGACAUGAAAAUAGAAGGAUCUGAUGUGAAAGGCAGCACAUUUCAUAUGCCCACUAUAGAUUGUUCACUUCCAGCAGGAAAAAUAGAAUGUGACAUCAGUGUUGAAGGAGAUGCAUUUCAAGGCGGAAAGUUUCACAUGCCUUCACUUGAUAUUUCUCCUCCAAAAGUGAAGUUACCAGAGGGUAAAGCCAAAGUAGAAAGCCCUGAAAUUAAAGGUGGAAAGGUUAAAAUGCCAAAUAUUGAUGUUUCCCUUCCAAAAGGCAAAACAGCGGGAGAAGUUAACACUGAAGGCCAUGUCAGUAAAGGGGGCAAGUUUAAGAUGCCCAAAUUCGGCAUUUCUUUUCCGAAGUUGAAGUCACCAGAGGGUAAGGUCAACAUAGAGGGACCUGAAGUCAAAGGAGGGAAGUUUCACAUGCCUACAGUUGACAUUUCACUACCAAAAGGAAAAGCGGAAGGUGACAUCAAUGUUGAAGAAGAUUCUGAAGCAGGAGGCAAAUUUAAUAUGCCCACAUGUGACAUUUCCCUUCCAAAAAUGAAGUCACUAGAAGCAGAUAUCAGUUUAGAAGGACCAGAAGUCAAAGGAGGGAAGUUUCAUAUGCCAACAAUUGACCUUUCCCUUCCCAAGGGAAAGGGGGAAAUUGACAGUGAAGGACAUUCUGGAAAAGGAGGCAAGUUCCAAAUGCCAGCAUUGGAUAUAUCACUUCCAAAAAUGAAGACACCAGAAGGUGAAGUCAGCCUAGAAGGCCCUGAAGUCAAAGAGGGGAACAUUAAUAUGCCAACGAUGAACAUUUCUCUUCCAAAAGGAAAAAUGGAAGGAGACGCUAAGGGACAUGCAAGCAAAGGGAGCAAAUUCCACAUGCCCUCAGUUGACAUUUCCCUUCCAAAAAUGAAGUUUCCUGAAGGUGAAGUCAAAGUAGAAGGCCCCGAAGCCAAAGGGGGAAAGAUUGAAAUGCCAUCGAUUGAUAUAUCACUUCCCAAAGGAAAAAUGGAGGGGGAAAUUGACAUUGAAGGACAUUCUGGAAAAGGAGGAAGAUUUCACAUGCCUACAUUUGAUGUUUCCCUUCCAAAAAUGAAGUCACUAGAAGCAGGUAUCAGUUUAGAAGGACCGGACAUCAAAGGAGGGAAGUUUCAUAUGCCAACAAUGGACUUUUCCCUUCCCAAGGGAAAGGGUGAGAUUGACACUCAAGGACAUUCUGGAAAAGGAGUCAAGUUCCAAAUGCCAGCAUUGGAUAUAUCACUUCCAAAAAUUAAGACAUCAGAAGGUGAAGUCAGCCUAGAAGGCCCUGAGAUGAAAGGUGGAAAGUUUGAAAUACCAAAGAUUGAUAUUUCACUUCCAAAAGGAAAAACAGAGGGGGAAAUAGACAUUGAUGGACAUUUGGGGAAAAAAGGAAAGUUUCACAUGCCCACAUUCGACAUGACCUUACCAAAAAUGAAGUCAAAUGAUGGUGACAUCAAAUUAAAGGGGCCAGAAGUGAAAGGUAGUAAAAUACAUAUGCCUAACAUUGACAUUUCUCUUCCAAAGGGGAAGGCAGAAAGUGAUCUUGAGGUUGACGGGCAUGGUGGCAAAGGGGGAAGGUUCCACAUGCCCUCACUUAACAUUACUCUUCCAAAAAUGACGUUACCUGAGGGUGAAGUCAAAGUAGAAGGUCCUGAAGCCAAAGGUGGAAAGUUUGAAAUUCCAACAACUGAUAUUUCACUUCCAAAAGGAAAAAUGGAGGGGGAAAUUGACAUUGAAGAACAUUCUGGAAAUGGAGGAAAGUUUCAUAUGCCCUCAUUUGAUGUGUCACUACCGAAGAUGAAGCACCCAGAGGGUGAUGUUAAAGAAGGCCUUGAAGUCAAAGGGGGGAGGUUUAAAAUGGCCAAAAUUGAAGCAGAGGGUAGGAGUGGAGUCAAGUUACCAACUGUUAAAUUGCCAACAGUAGACAUAUCUGCACCGAAGGUUGACUUAGACUUUGGGCUGUCAAAAGCUAAAGAAGAUGAUAGGGAAGAGAUGGAGCUACUAAAAGCAGAAGGUGGUAGGCCAUCCUCUGGGUCAAGUUUUGAAAUGCCAGAUGUCUCUCUUAAAAUGCCAAGAUUCUCUCUCCCUAAAUUUGGUGGAAAGUCUAUUGGAGAUGUAAACCUAGAAGGAUAUGGCACAGAGGCUGAUAUUGAUAUUAGCCCCCCACAAGUGGAUGGUGAGGGCAGACCAGCAUCAGUGGAAAUAGGCAUAGACGGAAAAAUAAAAGGUAAACUAAAGAAGCCCAAAAUGAAAAUGCCGAUGUUUGGAAUAUCUAAGAAAGAUGUAUCAAUAGCCAGCCCGGAUGUGGAAAUCAAGACAAAAAAGGGGAAAGUGGACAUUCCAAAGCCAGGGAUCAGUGUACAAAAUCCAGAGGACAAAACAAAUAGAAAAUAUAGACUAAAAUUCCCAAAGUUUAAGAAGUCAUCUCCUAAAGGUAAACUACCAGAGGGAGAGAUAGAUGACUCAUUGGAUAGUGGAAUGGAAGGGAAAGGUGGCUUUCAUGCACCCGAUGUUACAAUCAAAAUGCCCAAGUUCUCCAAGCCAGGGUUUGGCUCAAAGGAGAUAGAGUUUGACAGGAGUGGACCCAGUGCUGAACUAGAUGCCAAAGGAAAGGUCAAAAUGCCAUCAGUGGAGAUAUACUUGCCAGCUGCCAAGACAUCUGAGCGAGAAGUGUUACUCCCAAAGGCUGAGGUGGAUGUAUCUGAGGCUGACAUCAGAGGUUAUGAAGGAAACCUGAAAAUCCCUAAAAUGCCAACUAUUGAUGUAUCAGCACCCAAAAUUCAUCUUGAUGUAACUCUGCCUAAAGUCAAGCAUGAAACAGAAAUUGAGGGGGAGGGAGUCAAAUUUAAGAUGCCAAACAUCAAAAUGCCUGAUAUAGAUUUAUCACUUCCUAAAGGAAGAACUGGUGACAUUGAUGCAUCCAAAGUUGAAAUUGAGGGAAAGGGUAGAAAAUUCAAGAUGCCUGGCAUUAAAAUUCCAAAGGUAGACAUAUCACUUCCAAAAGGAAAACAUGGAGAAAUGGAUGUAUCCAAGGUGGAAAUUGAAGGAGAAGGUGGAAAAUUCAAGAUGCCACAUAUGGAAAUGCCAAAUGUUGAUAUUUCACUUCCCAAAGAGAAAAGUGGAGGGAUUGAAGGACCAGAGAUGGAAAUUAAAGGAGGGGGCGGAAAAUUCAAAAUGCCACAUAUGAAAAUGCCAAAGGUAGACUUAUCACUUCCGAAGGGAAAGUAUGGAGACAUCAGUGCACCAGAAAGGGAAAUGGAAGGAGAAGGAGGAAAAUUCAAGAUGCCAUAUAUGAAAAUGCCAAAUGUAGAUCUAUCACUUCCAAAAGGAAAAACUGGAGAUGUUAAUGCACCUGCAUUGGAAAUUGAGGGAGAGGGUGGAAAAUUCAAGAUGCCACAUAUGAAAAUGCCAAAUGUUGAUAUAUCACUUCCAAAAGGAAAAACUGGUGCUGUUAAUGCAACUGAAUUGGAAAUUGAGGGAGAGGGAGGAAAAUUCAAGAUGCCACAUAUGAAAAUGCCAAAUAUUGAUAUAUCACUUCCAAAAGGAAAAAGUGGAGAGAUUGAAGGACCAGACAUAGAAAUUGAAAGAGGAGGUGGAAAAUUCAAGAUGCCCCAUAUUAAAAUGCCAAAUGUUGAUAUUUCACUUCCAAAAGGAAAAACUGGAGAGAUUGAAGGACGAGAGAUGGAAAUUCAUGGAGAAGGAGGAACAUUCAAGAUGCCACAAAUAAAAAUGCCAAAGGUAGACUUAUCACUUCCAAAGGGAAAGUCUGGAGACAUCAGUGCACCAGAAAUUGAAAUGGAAGGAGAAGGUGGAAAAUUCAAGAUGCCACAUAUGAAAAUGCCAAAUGUUGAUAUAUCACUUCCAAAAGGAAAAACUGGUGCUGUUAAUGCAACUGAAUUGGAAAUUGAGGGAGAGGGAGGAAAAUUCAAGAUGCCACAUAUGAAAAUGCCAAAUAUUGGUAUAUCACUUCCCAAAGGAAAAAGUGGAGAAAUUGAAGGACCAGACAUGGAAAUUGAAAGAGGAGGUGGAAAAUUCAAGAUGCCACAUAUUAAAAUGCCAAAUGUUGAUAUAUCACUUCCAAAAGGAAAAACUGGAGAAAUCAGUGCACCAGAGAUUGAAAUGGAAGGAGAAGGUGGAAAAUUCAAGAUGCCACAUAUGAAAAUGCCAAAGGUAGACUUAUCAUUUCCCAAAGGAAAAAGUGGAGAGAUUGAAGGACCAGAGAUGGACAUUGAAGGAGAGGGUGGAAAAUUAAACAUGCCACAUAAGACAAUACCAAAUAUUGGUACAUCACUUCCAAGAGGAAAAACUGGAGAGAUUGAAGCACCAGAGAUGGAAAUUCAGGCAGAGGGAGGAAAAUGCAAAAUGCCAAAGGUAGACAUAUCACUUCCGAAAGGAAAGUCUGGAGAAAUUAGAGCACCAGAAAUGGAAGUCGAAGGAGGACAUUUCAAAAUGCCACAUAUGAAAAUGCCAAAGGUAGACAUAUCACUUCCAAAAGGAAAAACUGGAGAUGUUAUUGCACCUGAAUUGGAAAUUGAAGGUGAGGGUGGAAGAUAUAAGAUGCCAGAAAUCAAACUGACAAAGAUAGAUAUUACAAUGCCAAAGGAAAAGUCUGGUGACAUUGAUGCUGAAAUCAAACAGCCCGAUGCUGAGGCAGAAGGAAAGAUAAAAAUGCCUUUGAUUGGUUUACCAAAGUUUACAACUCCCGACCUUGAUUUAGACAUGAAUGUUGGAAAACCCAACCAUGGAGCCGAGGUUCAAUGGAAAAGUUCAGACAAAACUGGUUCACAUUCAGAGGGAGACCAUAAGAUGAAAAUCAAAAUGCCAACAAUUGACAUAGAGUGCCCAAAAGGAGAUCUGGAGCUGGAUAUAGGCAUCCACAAAGCUGAGGGAAAGAAGGAUAGAAAAAGAAUAGAGUUGCCUGACUUAGACCUUAAAACAUCUGGUACCAAAGUUAAGGGAACAAAAGUCAAAGGCACCAAAUUCAAAAUUGGAAUGCCAAAAAUGAAGUACACUGGAGAUCAAGCAUUAGAUGCAGCCACAAAGAAAACUGGGAAAGAGAAUGAAGGGGUCAGUGGUAGAUUUAUGAUUAAGAAGACAAAACUUGGCAAAGGUGCAGAUGCGGAGGCAGAUGGUUCUGUGUUGCCAAACAUUUCCCUCCCAGAUGUGGGCUACUCAGUAUCCAAAGGAGCCAGCCAAGAGGGUGGCCCAGAGAUUAGUGCUAAAUUGCCAAAAUUCAAACUCCCUAAUGUGGAGAUCUCAGGUCCAUCAAUAACAGGCCAAGGAGGAGCACAAAUCAACAGUGGACAACAAGAAAACACUGGCACAGACGCCAGCGCAGAGAAUGGAUUCACAUUACCUAAUCUUGGAAUCAAAGCCCCCAAAAUACCAGAUAUAGACUUUGUUAUUGGAGCGUCUCAAGCUGAGGACCAAGGAGCAGAUACAAGUACAAGACAAAAAAUCAAAAUACCCAAGUUUGGGGUGGCUUUACCUGCUAUUUCUUCACCUGAAGCUAGAGUACAUUUGAAGGACCCAGAGGUUGAGUAUGAAGGCCCUAAAAUGCCCAAAGUUAAAAAAGCUGUAUUUGUUUUGGUGAAUUCCCAAACAGACCACUCCACUAUGUCCACUGUAUGGGAAGAAAGUGUAGAGUCUGGAGAGGCCAAAAUCAAAAAGCCAAAGAUCAAAAUGAAGCCAUUGUUUGGAAGGUCGGGAUCCAAGGAAAAGAGUGCUGCUUUGAGCAUUGAUGGAGAUGUGGAUAGAGAUGACAAGUCAAAGGGAGCCAAGCUAAAAAUGCCCAAAGUCACUUUCUCUCCAGGCAAAACAGGUUCAUUUGAUGCAACCCUAAAAGGUGAGGGGUCUAGUUCCAGCCUCAAUGGUGAGAAAGAUCCAACAUUCCAGAAUGGAUCCAAGGAGGAUAAAGCUAAGUUUGUGAACCUCAAGCUUCCAAAGAUAGAGUUCUCUGCACCAUAUUCAAAAAAAGGCAGUGGAGAAGAGGACCUUGAAAUGAGCGCUAAGCUUGUCAAGGAGUCCUCAGGAACUGACAGAGAAACCAAGGGGAAAAAAGUGAAAUCAGGCAAAAUGUCCUUCCCGGGAUUUAAGAAGAAGACAGCAAAAGGAGAAGAGGAAACUCAAGACAAUUUGGUGUCCUCAUCUGCCAGGACAGAAAUGCUAGAUCAGGAUAGUUCAGAAUCACCCAAGCCCAUGGUCUCCAUUGGCUUUGUACCAGGGAAGUCUAGGGGGCAGGCAGAGGCUGAGAGCAGCAAGAAGGAGACAGAAGAAGGAGAGCAGUCGACCUGGUUCAAGGCCCCCAAAUUCAAUUCAAGCAUGGGGUUCUCCACACAGGAGGUGUCUGAGGAGAAUGUUACCACAACAAAGGAGGGAACUGUAACUGUGGUGACAAAGACGACAAAACAUACGGUAACAGAGUCCAGAACUGGUCAAACCCACACAUCGCUAUCACAUUGUAAUUACUGAAGUCUGAAGAGAUGUGAGAAAAAUAUAUUUUACCUCUGUCCUGAUGUGACGACUGUUUUUGUAAAUGUUCCUCCACGUUUUCUUUCUAUUUUACUCUUCAUCAUCUUUGAUAGUUUUACUGUUUUAAAUCUGAAUGUCAAUUCAUUAUGUAUUGUUGUUGAUAUCUUUUUUUUAAUGCAAAAAUACCACACAUUUUAAUUUCCCAAAGGAAAUGUCUAUUCUCAAUGCCUUCCCAUUUUAUUUACCGACAUUUACUUGGGCAUGAUUGUAGAAUUAGACUGACAAAGAACACAAACCAAUUUACCAAAAGCAAUUUGUAUGUAAAUACAUUGACAUGUUGCCUGCUUACAGCAGUAACCCUUAAUGAAACAUGUAAUUAUUUUCAUAUUAUCGAUGAUAGGAAAGUAAUAAGGAUAUUAGUGAUUUGACUUGAGGAUGUUUUGGUUUUAUCAUUUACUUUCUUCAGCUUGUUUUUUCUUUUUUAUAUAAUUACGGUUUAUUUGUAUUAUACCAUAUAUUGAAAUGUAAGAUUAAAGGCUUCUACAAUGCAACACAUUUCAACACUCUCUAUGAGAAUCAAGAUAAGUAGACAAGACCUAAAAAAAUAGGAAACUAUUAUCUGAUAUUAAGCCAUGGUUUAAAGAAACAGAACAUGUCCUCUCUUUAAUUGAAAUAUUUAAAAAUGAAUGCAAAACCUCUUGGACAAAACAAUGUCUCAAUGUCUCCAUUGAGACUGUUUAUUUUUCCUUUUCUUUUUUGGUGACUUAGAAAGUAGCAAGACAAUGUGCUAAACUGCAUGGGAAGAGUCUCAGCAAUCAUCUGUCAAACAAGUUUACAAAGUUUUCAUUAACCAGAUUUAACACCUGUUGGAGCUGAACAUUUGAAAUAACCACAUAGAAUGGUAAUGACAAGGAGAGAACAUGUACAUGACCAGAUAACACAGUUUAACAGUAUUUACAUGUAUAGAGAGAUUUUUACAAAUACCUUUGUGAUGUUUUCAGUGCAUAUGGCUUCACAAUAAGCAGUUUUCAAAGCAAAGUGUUAACAAAGUGUCAUUAUAAAUAAUGUUGUUAAGAGAUCAUAUUAUUAAUAAACCUUAAUAUUCCUAAGAAAAAGAAAAAAGUAGUAUCA